AUGCAGCGUUUGCAGCGUUUAGUGCAGCAUUUGGAUGGUCAAGCCGUUUCUUCCUUUUACGCAUCCCCAUUGCCUACACUGCAGUCAUGUGCAGCAGUGCAAAGCCUUGAAAAGAGAGACAGGAGAGCCGCCUACAUUGAAGUUGCAAAGAAGUACGUGGCAGAUAUUCACAGGCUUCGAACAAGUGGAGAAGUGCCUUCCAUGACGAUCUAUGAAAUGCUCAUGAUGAUUCCGCCCGGUUCACGAGGUAUCGGCCUGGGCAAAUACUUGGACCGUGCAGAGGCAGAUGGCAGUUUGGCACCACUCAACUUGCUGCCAGGGCCAUGGCAUGGGGCAAAAGACCGUGAGGAGAAAAUCCGCUUGCUUCAGCUGGACCUUAUCGCACAAGAAGAAGGCCAGCACCUACAGUUGUAUUCAGCAUACCAGCUUCGCUACGGAGACAAGGGAUUGGGUAGCAACAUCGCGGUGCCGAGCGUUGUAAUGCACAGCAACGUCACCAAGAAGGUGCUGGAGAAGGAGGUCCCCAAUUUCUUCGACUCUGCAAAUGUUACGAAGGUGAUUGCCCGCAUUCUUGUUGCAGAUGCAGAGGAUGCUGAACGCAUCUCACGAAUUCAUGUGCGGAAGGAACCCAAUUUUGGAGGUUUGAUGGAUAGCAUCAUAUCUACCACAGACAACGACCACUGGCGCCAGCAACGGCAGCACUUGAUAGAAGCCUUCAUGCCCCUCUCGUCUUUGGCUCAGAUUCUGCCAGUCUCGCUGGCUCGCGCGAAGGAGUGCUCCCAGCGUUUAGCCAAAUUGGCGAAGACCGGUCCUGUUGACAUGAGCGAUUUUUUGUUGCAUGAGGCGCAAGCUCAACUUCAACUUGCUCUCUUGGGAAUUCCAGAGGAAAUCAUGGACCAAACAAAUGCAGGCAUUCGCAAGACAUUCAUGUUGAACCCGGAUGCAAAGAUUGGCCAUUUGAGCGAUUCAAUGAAGAAAAUCAUGAACGCUGCCCAGACUGAUGCAUCGGUAGCUCUUCCUUCUGAUGGCUGCCCAGUUCGAGGCCCGCUGUCACGGGCUUUGCAAACCGGCCAUUUCCCUAGCAGCACGGACUACGGGAACAUGCUGCUGAUCCUCUUCGCUGGCCAUGACACCACAGGGCACACUAUGACAUGGUUGAUGUUCGAGUUGGCCCGACAUCCUGAAAUCCAGAAGCAGGUGCAGGAGGAAGUAGAUGGCUUCUUCGAAUCCCUGAACGGACGUGAUCCAACUUAUCAGGACUUGAGUGGUUUUGAUCUUCUGGACCGGUGCAUCACAGAGACCCUGCGCAUGUGGCCGGCAGUUGCCAAUGGCACGUUCCGCCAGUUGCAGUUUGGUGAUGAACUGAAGGGUGCUGGCGGCAAAGAGGUUCACCUGCCAAAAGGCACCUUCGUGACAAUUAGCAACUGGUGUCGGCAUCGCAAUCCGGAGCUUUGGGGUGCUGAUUCUGAGCACUUCAAUCCUUGGCGGGACUUUUCGCAACAGGAGCUUGCACGCGUCGGCUGCCCAAUGGCUGCAAAGACACCCCAAAGCCAGCGCUUCUCGCCCUUUGCUCACAACCCCCGUAGCUGCCUCGGAAAGAAUUUUGCACAGAUGGAAAUGCGGCUCAUCCUUUCCCAUAUUUUGCACCGGUUCGACUUCUCUUUGGCUUCACCUUACGAUGCUUUCAAAGAUGUUGAGCUGAAGGCUGCAGAGAUGGAUAGGAUGAAGUUCCGCGGUGUGAAUCUUGGUGGAACUAUGGGCCCAAUGGACCUCGAACGCGGAGGCUCUGUGUCUCCGGGAGAGCGCUUCCUGAUUGCCAUGAAACUUCAUGCUCCGCAGAGCAGAAGCUUUGACGGAGACUUGACGGCGGGUAAGGACACCCUGUAUGAAAACUGUGACGGCGAUUUCGUGAGUGAUGGCGGCGAAGUUGCCUCACAGGCAAAGUGGUCCUGGUUGGUUUCAGGAACUGUGAUGAAAGUCUCUGGCCCCUUGGUGGUCGCGGAGAACAUGUCCGGUACCAAGAUGUACGAGGUGGUGCGGGUCGGAAAAGAUCGAUUGGUCGGAGAGAUUAUUCGAUUAGAAGGCGACACAGCCAGCAUCCAGGUGUACGAGGAUACCUCUGGACUGACAGUGGGCGAUCCGCUGGUGAAGACGGGUUUGCCUUUGUCCUUGGAGCUUGGACCCGGCAUCCUUGAUGGGAUCUAUGAUGGUAUUCAACGCCCCUUGGAACGUAUCCAACAGUUGGCUCAGAGUGUGUUUGUUCCACGUGGUGUGGAUGUCCCAAAUCUGGACAGAGACAAGCUUUGGGACUACACUCCGGAGAACAACAUCAAGGCUGGCGACCUCGUGACUGGCGGUGAUGUGGUGGGUGUAGUCAAGGAGAAUGGGCUGUUCAAGAAGCACUACAUCAUGGUGCCCCCUGGAAUCAAGGGCCGUGUCAAAACUGUUCUGCCAGCUGGGAAGUACAAGAUCGAGACUGCAGUGGUUGAAGUUGAAGAGGCUGGGAAAACCAUGAGGGUUGAGCUCUUCCAGAAGUGGCCCGUGCGCGAGUCCCGCCCUGUGGUGGAGAAACUCCAAGGAAAAGAGGCGCUCUUGACUUGCGAACGAGUCAUUGAUGCACUUUUCCCCGUGACCUUGGGUGGAACAGCAGCCGUGCCUGGUGCCUUCGGUUGUGGCAAGACAGUGAUCUCCCAGGCUUUGUCCAAAUAUUCCAACUCUGACGUUGUGGUUUAUGUGGGCUGCGGUGAACGUGGCAAUGAGAUGGCUGAAGUGUUGACUGACUUCCCGGAACUCACCACGCUCAUUGAUGGGAAGGAAGAACCUAUCAUGCAGCGUACCACGCUGGUUGCGAACACCUCCAACAUGCCUGUGGCUGCACGAGAAGCCUCGAUCUACACAGGUGUGACCACUGCAGAAUACUUCCGAGACAUGGGCUACAACGUGGCCAUGAUGGCAGACAGCACCUCUCGCUGGGCUGAGGCCUUGCGUGAGAUCUCAGGUCGAUUGGCCGAGAUGCCUGCUGAUGCUGGCUACCCCGCCUACCUCGGAGCACGACUGGCGUCCUUCUAUGAGCGAAGUGGACGAGUGCAGUGCUUGGGCAAUCCUCCUCGUGAGGGCUCCAUCACGAUUGUAGGAGCAGUGUCGCCACCAGGCGGUGACUUCACCGAUCCCGUGACUUCUGCAACAUUGAGCAUUGUGCAGGUCUUCUGGGGUUUGGACAAGAAGUUGGCACAGCGCAAGCACUUCCCUGCGAUCAAUUGGAACAUCUCUUUCUCCAAGUACAUCCGUGUCUUGGAACCGUACUUCGAGAAGUACGACACCGAAUACAGCAUGCUCCAGCAAAAGAUGAAAGAGAUCUUGCAAAAGGAGGAUGACUUGCAAGAGAUUGUCCAGUUGGUUGGCAAGGACUCCUUGUCAGAAGAUCAGAAAUGCACUUUGGAAGUUGCCAAGAUCAUCAGAGAAGACUUCUUGCAGCAGAACGGCUUCACUGAGUAUGACUUCAUGUGUCCUUUGGCCAAGACCAUUGGUAUGAUGAAGGUCAUUGUGGGCUUCCACGAAGCAGCUCAGAAGAUGAUGGCAGAGCUGACUGGUGAGCACAAGGUUGGCUGGAACACCAUCAAUUCUGCCAUGAAGGACAUGAUCAAAAAGAUCACAGACAUGAAGUUCGAGCUGCCUCGGCAAUCAGAGGAGCACUACAAGCGCACCUUCGUGGCUCUGCAUGAUGAGGUGCUCGCUGCCUUCCGGACCUUGUCAGAGGACAAGUGA